UUGUGGGUACGGCAAUGUGCUGCCCCAGCACUAGGACUUUUCGAUCAAGGAAUCACAGUUCAAGUUCCAGAGUCAAAUGCUCAUCCUUUGCUGCUUGGUCUAAUCUCAUUCCCAGCUCCCAUCAAAACAAACCCAUCUUUUCCUACAAGAACCAAUUUUGGUGAUAAUAAUUAUUCUAUACCUGAUCUUUAAUCUUCUACUUACAAAAUCCAGCGUUAUUCUUUAAGAAUUUCUGCUUCUGGAUCAUCGCUGAUUAGAGAGAAACUGUUUCUGGGUGCUGCUAUGCUCUCAUGUUCUUGGUGUGGAUUGAUUUUGGAUUGAAGGGAAUUGCAGUAUGCUAAGAAUUGUGGUGGGUGGUGAGUAUUGGGGAAUGACAUAUUGUGUUAGAUAAUCUGAUGGAAAAGAAGAAAAUUGAUGAACAUGAACCUGGACCUUCUUCACCCAAACCAGUGGAUAGAUUUGGGUUCAUUAAGGCAGAUAAUGGCAAUUCUCCUGAUGCUUUGAAGAGGAGCAAAUCCGCAUUUGAAUAUGAGAGGGAGGAAAGAAGAGUUCGAAAAUGGAGAAAGAUGAUUGGGGUUGGUGGGAGCGAUUGGAAACAUUAUGUAAGGAGGAAACCUCAAGUGGUUAAAAGGCGUGUUAGAAAAGGAAUCCCUGAUUGUUUAAGGGGACUUGUUUGGCAAUUGAUCUCUGGAAGUCGUGAUCUCUUGCUCAUGAAUCCUGGAGUUUAUGAGCAACUGGUAAUAUAUGAGACUUCAGCAUCUGAACUGGACAUAAUUCGAGAUAUAUCCCGUACUUUCCCAUCCCAUGUGUUCUUUCAGCAAAGGCAUGGUCCUGGUCAGAGAUCACUGUACAAUGUUCUAAAAGCAUAUUCUGUGUAUGACAGAGAUGUUGGAUAUGUUCAGGGCAUGGGAUUCAUAGCUGGUCUACUGCUUCUUUAUAUGAGUGAGGAAGAUGCAUUUUGGUUGCUGGUCGCAUUGCUUAAAGGAGCUGUUCAUGCCCCAAUGGAAGGUUUAUACCUGUCAGGAUUGCCUUUGGUACAACAAUAUCUUUUCCAGUUUGAUCUUCUGGUGAAGGAAUAUUCGCCCAAGCUUGGAGAGCAUUUUUCUCAAGAGAUGAUAAAUCCUAGCAUGUAUGCCAGUCAAUGGUUCAUCACUGUGUUUUCUUACUCUUUUCCAUUUCACUUGACCCUCCGAAUCUGGGAUGUCUUUCUUUAUGAGGGUAUGAAAGUUGUCUUCAGAGUCGGAUUGGCCCUUUUGAAGAGUUGUCACGAUGAUAUGGUGACGUUACCUUUUGAGAAACUCAUACAUGCAUUGCGUAAUUUUCCUGAAGAAGUCAUGGAUCCUGAUACAUUGUUACCAUUGGCAUACUCAAUUAAGAUAUCUAAGCGUUUGGAAGAAUUGAAGUUUGAGUACGAGAAAUCACAUGGAAAAGAGGGUCAAUCUAUAACUACAAGAGGGAAGCAGAAAAAGCUAUUAGAAAGGAGUGGUUCACGGCAUAGCAACCGAGUCGAGAAGCAAAAUGGUGAAGUAACCAAGUCUGUUGAAGUUGUCUUGCAACAAAAUUUUUCAAUGCGUAGGCAUCAUUCCCAUCAAAAGGCGGAACAUGGCAAACUUGAUGGGCAAACGACUAAAUCCGAUAAGGAAUCCUUACAAAGACGCGAUGGUCACCUCAUGUCUAGACAUGCUACGAGUUGAUAAAGACAUUGAUUCUUUCAUUCUUUCAUAUUGUGAUUGUACAUUUGGGUGAAUGUAUACAAACAUUAGUGCCAUUCGGCAUGUAUGAUUGCUCAUGCAAUCCAUUUUUGUGGUUAUUGAUUCUUGGUUUUUUUGGUUAUUGUAGUUUUACGAAAAAAAGAUGCUUGGUUUUAUCGUCUUGUACACGUUUACUCUUUUGUAGACGACAAUAUAGCUUGACGUUACCACUU